AUGUCAUCAAAUAAGCCUGCUCGUCCCGAUGAAACUGUUCAUAAAAAUGCAUUAAAUGAAUUAGAUGCUAAAAUCAAUGAGGUUAAGAAGCAAUUUUCUGAACAAAAGGAAAAGCUUGGAGCAGUUCGCGGUGGUGGUUCCUUACAAGAGAAGAACGCAGAACUUCGUUCUGAAUUAGAUCAAAUUCGCAACGCUCAGUCGUCCAUUCGUACUUCCAAGCAAGCCCUCAUUAACAAGGUGAAGGCCCAAGAUGAAGCCCUAAAGAAGAAGAUUAGCGAACUCAAUGGGUUGAGAAAGACUAUUCCAUACAAGUCGGAAGCUGAUCUUGAUCGUCAAGUUCAUCAACUUCAAGCUGCUGUCGAUUCUGGAACUCUGAAAAUUGUUGACGAAAAGAAGUACCUUAGAGAAAUUACUCAGUGCAACCGUACUAGAAGAAGCUUCACUGAAUUGAACACUCUUCAGGCUUCCAUUGAUACCAUGAAAAAUGAGCUCAAUGAACUUCGCAACCAACUCAAUGAUCCCGAGUCCAAGAAGUUGAGUGAAAAGUUCGUCGAGGUUCGCUCUCAAUUGGACGAAGUUCGUCAAAAGCAAGACAGUUACUACAAGGACCAACGCAAGAUCUUUAGCGAACGUGAUGCCCAAAAAGCUACUUUAGAUGAAUUGUACAACCAGCGUAGAGGACUUCAAAGAGAAUACGAUACCCAGUUGCGUGCUUUCCGUACCUACGAGCGUGAACAACGCGCUAAGCGUCAAGAGCAAAUUCGUUUAGAGCGCGAGGCCCGUGACAAGGAAAAGAAGCAAGUCGUAGCCGAACGUAAACUUGAAGAGGCUAGCAUCCCUGCAUUCACUGAAGAAAUUCUUGCUUGUGAAAAUUUGCUCAAGAUGUUUAACGUUUCUGUUGAGUCUUCCCAGCAGUCUAGUGAAAGCCCCAAGCAAACUCCUGCCAGUAACAUGCGCCCCCGUACUCUUGCCCCUCGUAACGUAGACCCUAUUCCCGAGGGUACUGUUUUGAAGAAAGACAAUUCUGACGGCGAUGCACUCUUUUCUGGUCUCAAGAAGUCUAAGCCCAAGAAAUCCAACAAAAGUACUAACAACCACCAUGCAGACUCUGAUAGACUCAAUCUUUCAUUGGGAACUAUUAAGGAAUUCGACUUCGUUGGUGUUGAAGCUCCUUUGGCUAGGACUCAAGUAGAAUCUGCCAUUGAACAACUUAAGUCACGUAUCGGUAAUUUGAAAGAAAAGCAAGAUUCCACUACUAAGGAACGUAUUGAGAAGGCCAAGAAGGAACUUGAAAAAAUUGAAGCUAGCUUCACUCACAAACCCGAGACUGAAGCUACACCCGUUGUUGAACAAGAGACUGCUUAA